AUGACUAAUAAACGAUCAAACGAAGUUAUCAAAAUGCAGGAAGAUUUAUUAAAACGGAAAGCAGCACUUUCUUUGGCAAAAGAUAAUUUGCUCUUGAUCGCUUCACAUCUGGCCUGGCGUCGAAGGAAGAUGGUUGAUGAUCUGAUGCAUAUUUAUGUCAUUAAUUUAAAUACAUCACCAAAAGCACGUUUGAUGCCUUCAUCGUGUGCUUGUCAUUCGAUAGCCUGUAUUACUGGUCUUCAUCUUCCGGAUGCUUUAUCUUUUCUUGGACAUUCUGAUAUAGAAGUAAGUGCUGCUGUAGGGUAUGUUGUUCAGACGUUAUCCUUACUUUCUCGAAUAUACAAUUUUCCAUAUCAAUACGGCAUGUUUUUCUUUGGCUCAAAAUCAACAAUAAAAGAUCCAAUACUUGAGGAGACAUAUCCUCUGUACGGUAUGACACGGAAUCGUGAAAAAUUUGAAGAAGGCAUAUCGCUGUUAAAUAAAAAUAUAUCGCAGCUUCGUUGGUCAUUUGGUAUAACCACGAAAAGAGUAGGACGGACUCUGUUUAAUUUGCAGGAUUUAUUGCUGCACAUUGUUAGUGGAAGACAUGACAGUUCCACGGAUUCAGUCCUUCAAAUACCGUCAAUUAGCUGCAGAAAUGUUGGGAAUGUAGAUAUAACUUUGCAUAAAUGUGCAGAACGAAAUAAUGAGUUUAAUCAAGAAAAUGAAUCAUCAAAAGUGGAUCCUCCAAGCAUUUGUAGGUGCUAA